AUGUGGCAUGAGUUGAGCGCCGGCGAAGCCUCGAUGGCUUCUACCUUCAUUUGUCGGCCCGCUCGCUCAAUUCGCACGAUCGAACCAACGUUACGAUGUCAUCCGAACCACUGUCAAGCCCUUCCCGUCGAACCGGUCAGAUCUGAUUGGGCGUGUGGAGUACUCGUCUUUACCACCCGCAUCAUCCCAAGGAACCUCGUUGCCGACGACUCCAUCACCUCGUCCUCGCGAGUGGGCGAAAUGGCCUGGAUUCGAGCGCUAUACUGGCGGCCAGGAUACGAGGGCGUGGGCAACAGGCUGAAGUGGAUCUGCGCGGAUUGCUUCGCCCGAGGCUUCAAGAAGAAGUCAGACUUCUGCUUCGUCUGCUCAACAGGAGCCGCUACCAAGAAGCACCUUCGUAACGCCCACGGAAUUCUGGCCCCACACGACGUUGCCGGAGGCGUGCGAGCCUCAUCUCUAGAUGGCCGGCCCAUCACCCACUUCAUUGGUGCCGACUUCAAUAAUCCGCACGACCAGUUCCUUGUCAGCAAGCUGCGUGGAAGAUUCAACAGCAAGGCUCCGGUCAACAACCCAGACACGGUCGGCUACUUCACGCUGGACAAUGCUGCCAACAAUGACACCUGCAUGGAAGACCUUGCCUUUGAGCACGGCUUCUCACCCGAAGAGCGACGGAUCCGCUGCGCUGCACAUAUCCUCAACCUCUGUGUGCGGGCAAUGCUGUACGGUUCGAAGCAAGAGAAUUUUGCUGCAAUUGUUGCUGCCGAUGGGGACGAUCUAGAUGACGACGAGGAGCAAGUUGAUCAAGCUAUCGACGAGGCCCUAAAUGGAGAGAUGAAGGACGGUACGGACGAAGACCCAGGAGCAAACACUGCCGUUGACAUCCCAGAAGAGGACCUCACAUCGUCUCACCCGGCUCCGGACGAGAUCAAUGCUGCCAGCUUCAGGGAGUACAGUCAGAACGGCGCCCCCGGAAUGCUUCAUAACAUCGGUCUUCAGCUGCGAAACACACAGCUAACGAAGCAGGCAGUUCUGCAGUACCGCUUAAGUGCGUACGACUGGAAAGUUAUCGAGGUACUUGUCAAGCUUCUGAAGCCGUUCGAGAUUUCCACCAAGCAACUUCAGGGCAGUGGUGUUCCCGGCGGUAGGUCCACAUGUGGCAGUUUCGAUGAAUACUUCCCCGUCUUUGAGAUUUUGCUUGACCACCUCGAAAGUGCUAUCGAAGGCACAAUCUUCGAAGAGGUUGAGGAUCCAGUGACUAGGGAGAAGAAGGACGUCGAACUCGGAUGGAAGAAGCUGCAUAAAUAUUACAGCCGUCUGACUAGCGCUGCAUAUGUCGGGGCUGUUGUCUUCAAUCCUACGAAGAGUUGGCGGUUGGAAUACGAAGCAAAGCUCUUGGAGAUCUGGGAGAAGUAUAGGGAGCGCGACGUUGACAACGAGAUCCUCGCUACGUCUGAUGAGGCCUCCAUGGAUUACAUUGAGCGGAGACUUGCUAGGACUGUAGCUGCGCCGCCAUUCAACCAGGGCUCGUUCGGAGCAUCAGGUGCCCGCAAAAGCAACCGAAAGACGAAACCGUCUACGGCGGGAGCGACUGGUGAUGACAAAUAUGCUCGAUAUUGUGCCGAGGACGUCGUCAACAGCCGCCACUACAGAAGCAGACCGAUUGACUGGUGGAAGAUCAACCGGAGCCGAUAUCCGCGACUGUCUCUGAUGGCAGUAGACAUGCUUACGAUUCCAUCGACGUCCGCGGAAAGCGAGAGGACGUUUAGCAGCGCAGGACGUAUGACGGCACCAUUGAGAAGCCGGCUGCGGAGGGAGAUCGUAGCGAUGGCUCAAUGCAUUCGAUCGUGGAGUAAAGCUGGGAUCUACAGGCCUUCACUGCCGCUGUUUAGCCUCAACGAGGAUCAAUGGAUUGAUGCUCUUGCGUCGCUGAAGGGGCGGAGUGACAUUUAA